UGUGUGUGUGUGUGUGUGUGUGUGUGUGUGUGUGUGUGUGUGUGUGUGUGUGUGUGUGUGUGUGUGUGUGUGUGUGUGUGUGUGUGUGUGUGCUCUUGUGAAUGUGUCGGGACGAGAUCUGGUAUAUGGUUGCACACCCACGCAGCGAGAUCCGCUGGCUCGGCGAGAUCCUAUCCCCCGGAUCUCAGUGAGCGAAAGCCUCUGAUUCGUUGUCUACGCAUCGAAUUCAUAGAAAAAAAGUCCCCCACUUUGUUUUUCAACUUGGAUCUCAUUUUGACUAAUAUUGUCUGUGCGUGUGAGGUGUAAAGCUUUUGAAAAUUGAUACCACGUCGCGCUAGCGUCGCCUACACACAGCAGCUCAGUGUUGCCAAAGUAGGGAAUUUUUUGUAGACCUAGGGAAUUUUUCUCUAGCGUAGUGCUUGGACUCCUGGGCUGUUCCCGCUUCCUUAUCCUCUUCACAAACUCCUGGAAUGUUCAUGUUCAUGUUCUGUAGGAGUGAUGUUUUGUUGUGGCCACUGCAGUCAGAAUUUUCUGAAAAGAUGUGCAUUUAUGGUUCACGUUUCAAAGUGCAGAGAAAGAGACAAGGUUGCAGCUGAGUCCAAAGAUAGUUCAGAUAGUUCAUUGAAUUAUGACUCGGACAAGGAUCCCCCUUGGAGUCCCUCUGGGAGUGAAUACUCUUCAGACUGUGAAUCGCCAUUGACACAAGAGCAGUUGAAUGUUGUAACUGAAGCAUGUAACUUCCUUACUGAUUGGGAUCCUGAUGAGUUUGAAGAAGAAGGCUCAGCUGGUGGGCAGUCUACAAUUGCUUCUGGUGCAGGCCAAUCUACCAUCUCAGCUGGUGCUGAAGAAUCUACUGGUGAUGGGCAGUCUACAAUUGCUUCUGGUGCAGGCCAAUCUACCAUCUCAUCUGGUGCUGAAGAAUCUACUGGUGAUGGGCAGUCUACAAUUGCUUCUGGUGCAGGCCAAUGUACCAUUUCAGCUGGUGCUGAGGAAUGUACUGGUAGUGGACAGUCUACUAUUGCUUUGGGCGCAUGCCAAUCCACAAUUUCAGGUGGUGUAGAGGAAUCUGCUGGCGGUGGGCAGUCUACCAUUGCUUCUGGCGCAGGCCAAUCUACCAGUGCUUCUGGUGCAGGCCUAUCUGAUGGAGAGAACAUUAAUGUAAUGGUUGCCAAAAAAAGACAAGAUGGAAAGAGGAUUUGGGACAAAAGAGAUUCUUGUAUUUUUUGUGAUUUACUAGUCACAAACUUCAUAAGACAUCUAACAAGGAACCAUUCUGAAGAAAUGAAAGUUGCCGAAAUUUUAGCUCAACCCAAAGGUUCUGCAAUGAGGAGAUCUAUGAUCGAAAAGCUCCGAAAGAAAGGAAAUUUCAAUUAUAACACAAACGUUCUGAGAGAAAAAUCUGGUAAUAUUAUUACCGUACAAAGACCAACUAAUGAUUGUAAUAUUGAAAAAUAUCUCCCAUGCAAAUUAUGUCUGGGAUUUUUUUCCAAAAAUCGACUGUACCGACACAUGAAAGACUGCAAAGAAAACAGUGGAAAAGAAAGCUCUAGGAAUGCGCAGAGUGCAGGUCAAGCCUUAUUGGUAGUUGCUAACUUUUCAUGUUCAGACAGCUUGAAAACAAAAAUUUUUCCUAUUAUGAGAAAUGACAAAAUAAGCAAAACUGCACAGGAAGAUGAACUUAUAUGUGAAUUUGGGUUGAGGUUGCUCAAACAACAUAAAGAACAACAUGUAAAACCAAUAAUAUCCCAAAAGAUGCGAGAAUUAGCAAGACUGAAGAUAGAACUUCUAACAAAUAAGCCAACAGCAAUAGACAAGUCAGGUAAAAUUAAAAAGCUUCAAACACUUGAAGACUAUUUAGACCCUGACUUUUACAAUGAUGUAGUUAAGGCGGUUAACACAAUUGCCGGAUUCAAUGAAGAAAAUGGUAAAUACAAAGUGCCUUCAUUGGCCUUGAAACUAGGGCACUCCCUUAGGAGCUGCUCCGAAAUCAUUGAGUUCAAGGGUACAACAACAAGUAACGAAUAUUUACGAAAGAGAGGAAAGAGGUUUCAUCAGCUUUUACCCAAAAUGUGGAAGUAUGAUGUAUCUUCCAAUGCAUCAAAAACUUUGAGUACAGCAAAGUGGAAUAAACCCACAAGAAUUCCCCUUGCUGAAGAUUUGAAACAACUUCAUGAUUUUAUAAUAAAAGAAGAAAAGAGUUUGUAUGACCAAAUGAAAAAGCUUCCUUCUGAAAGUGUAUGGAGGGAACUAGGAAAAAUAUCUUUAGCCCACAUCAUUCUACUGAAUAGGAGAAGAUCUGGCGAAGCCCAAAGAAUUGAGGUUGCUCAUUACCUAACUAUAAAUAACCCCAAGACUACUUCUGACAUUGACACUCUGUUAACAGAAACUGAAAAAAAAUUGUGCAAGACAUGGGCUAGAUUUCAAUGUCGAGGCAAAAGAGGCGCCCCUGUCCCUGUUCUCUUAACUGAAGGGAUGAGAAAAAAUAUGGAACUGCUUAUGACAACAAGGGACAUAGCAAACAUCUGUAUUGAAAAUCCAUAUUUUUUUGCCAUACCAAGAACCAAAAACAGUUGUUUUCGAGGUUGUGAUGUUCUAAGGCAUUUUGCUAAACAGUCUGGUGUGCAGUACCCAGAGCUGAUCAGGUCCACCAAAUUGCGUAAACAUGUAGCAACAAUGUCUCAACUUCUGAAUUUGUCUGGAAAUGAGAUUGAGUGUUUGGCUACAUUUAUGGGUCAUUCUGUCAAUGUUCACAAAGAAUAUUACCGGCUCCCAGACGAUGUGGGCCAAGUAGCCAAAAUAAGCAAGUUACUACUAGCUUUAGAAUCAGGUAAGUUGAAAGAAAUGAAAGGACAAAACUUUGAUGACCUUCAAGUUGACAUGGGCAAUGAUAGCUUAACAGAGUCAGAUGCUAGUGAUCAUGAAGAUGAGGGGACAAGAAGUGUUGAGAUAAAUGAAGAUCAACCUUUGACAUCUCAAACUUAUGAAGCUGACUCAAACACUUCAUCCCCAGAAAAUAAAAGUGAAAGGCCUCAUGAUGGACAGUCUACCGUUGCUUCUGGUAGAGCCAACACUAGAGUGAAGAAACGUAGAGUUACUGUUGUAAGAAAGAUGUGGUCCCAAGAAGAAACCGAUGCUGUAGUAAGACACUUUCAAAAACAUAUAAUCAUGAAAAAGGUUCCAAACAAAGAAGAAUGUGACCGGUGUUUGGAAAAAGAAGCUUGUUUGAGCAAUAGGUCAUGGUCUAACAUUAAAUAUCAUGUGAAAAACAUGUUUAAUAAACUGCGUUGAAAUGCAAUUAAUACCUUAAUCUGUGCAUACAUUAUCAAUUUUUUCAUCAAAUUCCCACAAAUAAGAGAGCUUCAAACUCCUCCCAAUUGCUUCAAUUUCCUUCAAAGAAAUUCUAUUAUUAAAAAACAGUUUUCCCUUUAUACUGUUUCAACUUGUGAAGAACCUAACUAUGAAUGUUGUAGUUUUUAAAGCUUAAACUCAACUUCAAACUUAUUCUAAAACAAUAUCUAAAUAUUUUUAGCAACGUUUAUGCACGUGAUGUCGAAAUAAAAUACAUGAUAGGCCUAAACCUUUUUUGCUAUUAAAACUCCAUAAUAAAUUUGAUUUUGUAUUAUUUUCCAUGUUCAUGGAAUGGUUUCUCUCAUUCUAUUUCAUAUAUAAUUGAUCAUGUGAGAUAAGGAACUCUGGUUAUAUAGUAUAAAAUACUUCUUAUUUUGUCUACAAAUAAACUAAACUAUUGAAUAUGAUUAUAUAAUAGUUAGCAUUAAGAUUAUGAUUAUUACUUUUGUGAAGUGAACUAAAAUCCCAACUUGUCUAGGAAUUCUUACAUAAGGAAUUUGAAGCUUUUUUUUAUUUGAACUAAUUUGAUGAUGAAUUUGAACAUGUACUCUCAGUACAUUUUAUAAUACAUUUGGUUUUGAAUUAUUUUCCACGUUCAUGGAAUGUAAUUUUUGUUUUAUUUCGAGUAUAAUUGAUCAUGUAAGAUAAGGAACUCUGGUUAUAUAGUAUAAAAUACUUCUUAUUUUGUCUAUGAAUAAACUAAACUAUUGAAUAUGAUUAUAUAAUAGUUAGCAUUAAGAUCAUGAUUAUUACUUUUGUGAAGUGAACUAAAAUCCCUACUUGUCCAGAAACAACUACAUAAGGAAUUUGAAGCUUUUCUAUUUGAACUAAUUUGAUGAUGAAUUUGAACAUGUACACUUGAUACAUUAUAUAAUACAUUUGGUUUUGAUUUUCCACGUUCAUGGAAUGGUUUUUCUCAUUUCAUUUCAUCUAUAAUUGAUCAUGUGGAAUAAGAAACUCUUUUUAUAUACUUUAAUAUGGUUUAUAUGAAAUGUUCUAUGAAUUCACUACCGUAUGUAAUAUGAUUGUAUGUUCUAUACAAUUGUUUGUUUUAAAUUUUCCAUGAAUUAACUAUUGAAUAUGAUUAUAUAGUUAGCAUUGCCAUCACCUAUAGUUAUAGUUAUUAAUGCAUGUAUUGUAAUAUGCUACCAGCACGUGGCUUUUUUCCUCUUCUCCUGUCAGGACUUGCAAUUUAUGAUUUUUGAUAUCAAUGUAGCCUUAUAUAGGCUAAUAUAGACUCUAUUGUAUUGUUUUGUUUUUCACCACCACAAAAUUAUACAAAACCAACCUCUUUUUUUGUUGUUCUAAAAAAGUAUAUACAAUUUUUGGUGACUAAAAACUUUUUGGUGACUACAAAUUUUAUUGUGACUGACAUCAGUCAGUAUUUAGAUUUUUUUGAUUCUGAUAUAAAUUAGAGCUGAAAUUUUAAAAAAACUAAGAUCCAUUGUCCGCUGAAAGUUGAGUCUGGAGAUCUAAUGUUUUGAUUUCAAAUGAAUUAAUUUAUUAGUGAAAUGUUUAUUUAAAUUCAAUUGUUUUUUUCUAUCAAGCUUGAACUGAUUUCUAUAAUAAGAAUUUUAUUUCACUAUGUAAGCCGUUUUGGGUCAUCCCGUGGCUUAAUAUUGUAACUUUAUAAUGUAGGCUAUUAUUAUUAUUCAUAAUUUUGAUAAUUAAAUGAAUAUGGAAUAAAAUUGAAUUUUUUUUCAUUUA